GCAUCAGCGCCCUCCAGUCGACGGCGCCACAGCCGAAAUCAUGCCAGAUCCAAGCGCCCGCGGCGGCGCGCCAGCAGACGCGCCCGCCGCCUCCGCCACAAGCGACGACAGUGUUGACAGACAUGCGCGCCAAGGUCCACCCCCGGCCCGGAGCCCCGACCAGCAGCCGCGCGCCCAGAGGGCGAGCGGAUCUCGCGAUAGCGACUCCGCCCCCGCUUCACCACGCAGCGAUAGCCCCGAGCCCGAGGCCGCCACUCCAAUUGGCGGCCACGACGACCACGACGGUCACGAUUACGGGCACGACGACGGCCAGGUCAGGCUUCUGCAGAGCGACGACGGCCCGGUCCAGCAGGACGAGGACAUGUCAACAUGGACGGGUAGGACCGCCAUCAAGGGCGGCUCCGAGACGGUGCGCAUGGCCCUGCUGACGUGCAGCCAUGUCGGAGUUUCCUUCACGUGGGGGGUCGAGAUGACGUAUUGCACCCCGUAUCUGCUAUCUCUAGGCCUGACCAAGGGGCAGACCUCGAUGGUUUGGCUCGCAGGCCCCUUGUCCGGCCUUAUCGUCCAGCCCAUUGUGGGCGUGGUGUCUGAUGGUUCAAGGUCGCAAUGGGGCAGGCGUCGACCUUUUAUCGCCGUCUGCUCCGUCAUCGUCGCAUUGGGUCUGUUGACUCUAGGCUUUACUAGGGAGAUCGUAGCCAUAUUCAUCUACGUGCCGCCGCCCUCGCCACCCACCGACGCUGCCGCCGCCGCCGCCGCCGCUGCCGCUGCCGCGUCAGGAGGCGGCCCGGGGCGCUUCUUGACCAUGGCACUGGCUGUAUUGGCCCUAUACGUGACAGAUUUCGCCAUCAACGCCGUCAUGUCCUGCUCACGCUCCCUGAUGGUCGACACCCUGCCCAUGCAAAAACAACAGUCUGGCGCUGCCUGGCACGGACGCAUGGGCUCCAUCGGGCAUAUCAUGGGCUAUGGCGCCGGCGCUAUCGACCUAGUUGGCAUGCUGGGCUCGUGGCUCGGGGACACUCAGUUCAAAAAGCUCACCGUGAUCGCCGCCGCCGCCAUCCUCGUGACGUCGGGACUCACCUGCUGGGCCGUGUCGGAGCGCGUGCUCGUAUCGCCAGCGCCCGGUCCCCGCGAAUCGGGCUCGCCCCAACGCUUCAAGGUCUUUAGGCAAAUCUGGAGCACCCUCCUUACCCUUCCUCCUAGGAUCCGUGGUAUCUGCUGGGCCGUCUUCUGGUCCUGGAUUGGCUGGUAUCCCUUCCUGAUAUACAGCAGCACGUGGGUCGGAGAAACGUACUUCCGCUACGACGUGCCCGCGGAUGCAAAGCAGUCCAAGGACGCCCUCGGCGAUAUGGGCCGCAUAGGCAGCUCCGCCCUCGCCGUAUACUCGUUCAUCACAGUCCUAGGCGCGUGGAUCCUGCCGCUCCUAGUGCGGAGCCCGGACGACAGCGACACCAGCAUCCCGGACCCGACCCUGCCCGGCACCUCCUCGCAGCAGGAGCAGGGCCCCCUCGCCAUCCUGCACCGCCGCUACCCCACCCUCGCCCACCUCCUGGCCCGCUUCAGCAGCUCCAGGCCCGACCUGCUGAGCGUCUGGAUCUGCGCGCAUCUGAUGUUUGCCGCCUCCAUGUCGCUGGCCCCGUUUGCUUCCUCGUUCCGCUUCGCCACGGCCCUGGUCGCAUUGUGUGGAAUCCCCUGGACCAUCUCGAUGUGGGCACCUACCGCGCUCCUGGGCGUCGAAGUCAACCGCCUUAGCGAUGGCGGCAGCGGCAGCGGCGCGAGCUAUCGUAGACUCAGCACGUCGUCACUCGAGUUUGCCGAGCUGCCGGCUAGGUCCGGUUCCGACGAUUCUGCUGCCGCUACGGCAUCUCCUGGUGCUGGGGCAGGUGGCGGCGGCGGCGGCGGCGGCGAGCUUAGCGGCAUCUACUUUGGCAUUUUGAACAUCUACGUCACGCUCCCGCAGUUUGCGAGCACCCUCAUCAGCACCCUCGUCUUCGCCGUGCUCGAGCCCGGCAAGAGCCCGGAACUGUCGGGCUCGCACCCGUCGGAGCACAACCCGACCGACGGCACCAACGCCAUCGCCAUAUGCCUGUUCAUUGGCGCCAUAGCCGCUGUCGGCGCCGCCCAUGCCACCAGGAAGCUCAGAUAUCUGUAGACAAGGAGGGAAAAAAACAAGACAUUGCUUUGCCCAGUACUGUCGCGAAGCAUAUCAUCAAUCCCUCUAUCUGAUGUGGUCCCUCUAUAUAUGGUCCGUCCUCGCUUUUGCUUGCUUUGCCCUUGUUACUUCUUUUCGCUCUAUAUUUACUACGCCAAGUUAUUCCUUUGCAUAGCAUGGCGUUUAGCCCAUAAAUACAUAAUGUCAUUAGAAUCCAUACUCAUUAUAAAUACCUGCAUAUUCUCCAGCUAGCCGUCUCUUGAUCAUUUAAUG